AUGCAUGGCACCAGGGAAGCUCCACGACUGCCCACACCAGAUACUCUGGAGACAAGGGAGGACCCCAACCGCUGCUCCCGCCCCUUCGCAGGGGCAUGUCUUGCAAAAGAAUCUUGGCCCUUCGGUGGAGAAAGGAGGGAAAUAAAACCUCCCCAGGUAGGAGGGGACGAGCAAGUCACAGUGCAUCUGAAGCCGAGUUGUAGCCUCAGAGAAAGCGAGCGCCAGGGGCCCAGCGGAGAAGAGGCGAGCGCCCAUUGGCCGCCUCAGCUGCCAGUCAGGAGGCACCCAGGGACCUGGGGCCGCUUAGGGGGUGGAACGCUUCGCUGCUCUGGCCAAUUGGAGCGUGUGGCGGGGGCGGGGCUCGGCAACUCCGCUUCCAGGGCUGGGGGGAGACAAGAUGGCGGCUGCAGGAGGGGGUCCUUGCUUUUCAGCUCCCCCCUCACCCGCCUUCUCCUUCCCCGCCACCGCCCUCGCUCCAGGGAAGAGCUUUCGAACCAACUGCACCCACUUCUGGAAGCACUCUGCUUCCCUCCUCCUGUCCCCUGCGCAGUCUCGAGCUCCCGUAGGCCCCGGUGCCCCCGCCCCUCUGUCCGCCCCCCCCCCCACCACCCCCAUUACCUCAGCCGCCGGCCCGGCCCCACCGUUCGGGGCCCCAGAGCGCGGACGGGCCGGCCGUCGAGCAGGUCGGUGCGGCCCGGGGAUCCGAAAGCGGCCUCCUCCCGCGCUGGCCUCCGCGGUCACCGCCGUAGCCCUUCCCGGCCAGCGCUGGGGCCCCGGCCCGGCCACCGCCGCCGCUCCCGGGGGAGGAGGGGGAAUGGAGGCGCCGCCGCCGCCGCCGCCACGGAGCCCAGCCGAGGGGAGGGAGGGAUCAGCCCCCAGGCAGGAUCCGCCCCUCCGGCCUCCCCCCGCCACCUCCACCCCUUCCCUCGCUCCCUCCCUGGCUCCGCGGGUUCUCCCGCGGAACACGAGCGAGAGCGCGAAAGGGGGAAAAGCAGGGGGGGAAUCCCCCCGCCCGUGGCCGGCGUGGCUGCGGCCGGCGUGGCGGCGGCCGGGGCGGCGGAGAGGAGCGCGGAGCCGCCGCCGCCGCCGCCACGGGCCACGGUCUCCCGCUCGGCCUCACGGUGGCGGUGCGGACGCGGCUGGGGCGCAGAGCGCAGCGGAGCAGACUCGGGGUGUGCGCCCGCCGCGGCCCGGGCUCCCCGGCUCCCCGGCUCCCCGGCUCCCGGUCCCCGCUCGCCGCCGGGGGAGCCCGGCGAAGAUGCGGAGGGUGUUCGCGUCCGGCCGGGAAAGACCUAGACCCCCAGGCUCCCUCGAGGGAAACAGCGCUGACUUUGUGGCGGGCCAUCCUCUCCCUCCAGGAUUUUAACUCGAGUCAGAGCAAAAGUUUUGAGAGUCAGCUCAAGGCUGUCUGCUAAACUCUAAACUCGCCUGUCACUGUAGACAAGAGACGACGCUCCUUAAACUUGAUUUGGCUCGGAACCGGUUAAUUGACUGCAGUAGGCGUCUUUCUCAAAAGACGCCUGACAAAUGGCAAGUUGAGACACUGAGAAGUACUCAAACUGACUUUUUGUUUUGUUUUGAUGAGUAAAUUCCAGAAGUGAGCUCGACACUCCCUCCCCACCCCAAUAAAUUGGAAAGCUUACCUCGGAUGACUGGGGUCCGCCUCGCCAAUACUAAAUGAUGUUUCUGCAGGAUGUAUGGACAGCCUGCCUUUAAUGUGCAGAUGAAUCGCACUUUUUUUUUUUUAAGCGUUUCGUCAGCCCGCGCUGGUGGUGGAACUUGGCGAGACUUUCACAAUUUCUUGCUUGAUUCUAAUGAUAGGGAAACACGGAUUCUAGAGUCAGAAUGGAAGAUGAAGAAGCCUUAGGAUCCAAGUCUUGCAAAUGUUGAAACUAAAUGUACUUGCAUUCUUUCUGAAGGGCAGAGGCCCUUUGUUCUUAAUUCCUUAAUUCUAAGGGAUCUUAAAAUGUGCUUUUAAUUUGACAUUUUGAUUAAAAAAUAAUCUAAUUUGUAUUGCAAAGGUGUCUUCUGCACCUUUAGGCAAAAUGACAGCAAAUAUACGGCUUUAACCGUUUUUAAAAGAAGGGAGUGGCUUGUGCUUACAAGGGCAGGGCAGUGUUUUGAAAGUUGUGAAGAUGGUAUAAUAUGAAUUAAUGUCAAUUCAAGGCUAGAGGGAAUAGUUAUUUGGAGGGAAGGUGUGCAAGAAAAGAUGAUUAAUUGUGGAAGAAAAAAACCCCAGAGACAAGAGAAUAUCACAAUUGCUCUAGUUAAGGAAAAAGGCAAAAACAAACUGAAGACUGAUAGAAACAUGAAUGCUGAAUUUCAUUUCUUAUUCUUUAAAAAACAUAACUAUACAUUUGACUACUUUUAUAUCAUGAUGAAUGCUUUCAAAAUUUAUGUGGCACAACUCCCAUUAGUAUGAUUAGGAACUAUUAAUAUGUUUUUUCACUAAAGAUAACCUUAGUGAAUGAAGAGAUGGCUCAUCGGAAACUUUAAUACCUGAGGUCCUUGGUUUGAUCCCUGGGACUACAAGAACCACAAUGGUGCUCUGACCUGUCUCUCUCUCUCCUCUCUGCCACAUGUAAUAAAUAAAAUAAAUCUUUAAAAAGUGAAUAAAUGCCCUUAAGAGUG